AUAAACAAAAUAAAAAAUAUGUACACGACGUUUAUUUACGACAAUUCAAGGUGUGAUAGUUUGUUUUUGCAACGGUCAAGCAACCACGUGACAUGUCGCCCCAGCACCGCCCCUCGCGUGACGACGUCUUCCUCCUUCCUUUCCGUCUCGCCCUCCGCUGCUAGCAGAGUUAGCACGAGCAGUUAGCGCCCAGCAGCUGUCGGUGGCACUCAGUCGGUCCGAGCGGUGCUGCGUUUGUGAUUCGUAACCGUGUCCUCCUUCCCUCCCGUAGAUACACCGUGAACGGCCGGGAGCCCGCUGCUUCAUCUCCUCGGGCCACCGUUAACCUGCGGUCACUUUUCGCUGUCCUCGCCGUCACGACAGGAAGACGCUCUGGGACAUGGCCAGACCCGAACAGGUCCUGGGGCUUGAGCCGCAACAUGAACUCAAAUUCAGAGGCCCCUUUACAGAUGUGGUCACUGCCACUCUGAAGCUCACCAACCCCACGGAUAGAAAUGUGUGUUUCAAAGUCAAGACGACAGCGCCUCGCAGAUACUGUGUGCGCCCAAACAGUGGCAUCAUUGACCCUGGAAACUCCAUCAAUGUUUCUGUUAUGCUACAGCCGUUUGACUACGAUCCCAAUGAAAAGAGUAAACACAAGUUCAUGGUGCAGUCCAUGCUGGCUCCGUACGGCAUGACUGACAUGGAAGGCGUUUGGAAGGAGGCGAAGCCUGAAGAGCUGAUGGAUUCAAAGUUGAGAUGUGCAUUCGAGAUGCCUCUAGAAAAUGACAAAAAUCAUGAGAGUGAAAGCGACCAAACUGUGUAUUCCUCUCCCUCCUCUGUUAAGACUGAGCUCUCCACACUGCCCAAGUCAGCCAGCGCCUCGCUGGACGACGGGGAGGUGAAGAAGAUCACGGAGGAGUGCAAGCGGCUGCAGAUGGAGGUGCACAGGCUACGGGAAGAAAACAAACAGAUGAGGGAGGACGACGGCCUGCGGAAGAGAAAGGUGACCUCGAUGGGCUCUCCUCACUCUCCUUCCUCCUCCGCCAUGGCUACCAUGAGGGACGAAGGCCUAAGCACCCGCAUCCUGGCGCUCUGUGUUCUCUUCUUUGUCAUUGGAGUCAUCAUUGGCAAGCUGGCCCUGUAAAGACUCAGACGGACAGAGCACAGUGACAGACGGGCGGACGGCGUACUCGGCAGGACACGUGUCAAUGACGGCAACGGGGAUGUCUUCUGGGUUUAAUGUUGGUUUCUCUUUCUUUCCUUUUUUUUUUUUUACAUUUAAGGCAACAUGAUUGUUUGUCUGGAUGGAAAAUAGUUUAAUGUGUAAAAAGAGAAUGAAGCAAGGCGAUCCCAAGUUAAACCACGAGUGCGAGGGUUUUUGUCACAGGUCUUGCCUUUGUCCUUUUUUUGGUGAAAUAAUCACCACCUCUGAUCUGUUCUUUCCGUCCAUCCCUCCCUCCUUCCUAAAUGAUCUUCCGCAACUUGCACAGGUAACAGUGGUGUGUGGAAGUGGCUUCACGCUGACUGAAUGUCUAAAGUCUUUUGUUGAUUCUUCAAGUUCCUCACUCUGUCUAUAAGAAAGAUCUAACACUACUCUUCUUGUCUCUUCCACUUAUUACUGAUAUCUACAAAAAGAAUGAACUCAAUGUAUUGUUUUCUAAACGGUAUCUGGUAAAAGUGUGUCUGUCUGUAUGUCUGUCUGUUGCAGGAGAGUUGAUGCGGAUGUUUUUAUUUGAGGAGAUCCUAAAUGAUGAAAUCGCAGGCUGUUUCAGAACGAAGGAAGAGGGGUGGUUUGAAAACUUAACUUUCAUCUGGACAGAUUUCCUGCACAUAACUGAACAAAAAUGGGGGUCUUUGUUGAAAAUCAAAUUAAAACUUCAUUCAUUUUUUGCCAUUUAAAAAUGCUAACCUUCAAAAUUACGAUAAAGAAUUCAUGCUGCAUGGUGAAUUAGUUUUAAAAAAUGGAAUUUAGUUCAAGACAUCAGAUCUUCCCAGAUGUUAUAAAUGAUUGCUUCCUCGGGUUGAGAGAGAGGCACCAAAAUGAAUACCCCCCCCACCUUAAAAACACUGCACAAAACAGUACAGUUUUCCAAUGGUCACUUUUAAUAUAUAGCAUACAGUAUGUAACGAUAGAUUUGGCCACUUUGCUCAAAGUAUUGUAUUUGCUCAAAGUAUUGUAUUUGCGUCCUUGAGUGUAUCACAGCAGUUUUCUUUAUUUUGUUUCCCUCAUAUAAUCAUUUAGUCGGAUGCUUCUGUUUAUAAUAUUCAAAUGCACUAUUUUCAAGUGUCCAGUCUGCAUGAAAUGACCUGGAUUUAUUAUGAUUAUUAUUUGAGUGAAGCUCUAUUGGCAAAACAAAAACAGUUUUCUCAAAUGGUUUUUCUGUGUUUUGUUUCCUUUCAAUUAUCCUUUUGUUUUAUGUUGGGAUCUGUGUGUUCUGAGAUAACAGACAACACAGCUGUAUUAUCUCUGGCUGUCACAUGACCAUCUCAGCAGGUUGUUCAAGGAAAAAAACGAAUAUAUCUGUAUUUUUCGUUGCCUGAGGGAACUCGGGGAGCAGAGAAGUGGGAAUGUGGGCGGUUGGGAGGAGAACUGACCUGUGACUACACACUACAUUAAAGCUUCAGCGCUUCAGACCACACAUGCAAAGAUAGUCACACAACAAUGUAAUCACACAUUAAUUGGAUACUCUUUUGUAUGUACAUAAAAGCUACGUAAAAAGAUAACUGGCAAUGUUAUUAAUAUACUGCAGUAAAGGAAGGAAAUAAUUAAUCAACCACCAUGGAUGAUGUAGCAUCAUGAUUAAUUAAAAUGCAUAAACCCCCAA